UCGGGCCUUUCCCGCCGCUCGGGGCGGAGGCCGCUUCCUAGCACCGCCCCCGCCUGCCGUCCCGCCCCGCCUGCGGUGCAGGGGCUCGGGCACAGCAAUGUCGGGCGCGGAAGCGACGGGGCGGCGGGAGCAGGCGGAGGCGGAGGCGGAGGGAGAGGGGGUCGGGGAGGAGACGGUGCGGAUCCGGCUGGGCGAGCGGAGCUACGUGGUGUGCAAGAGGAAGCUGGUGGAGCAGAGCGACUACUUCCGCGCGCUGUACCGCUCGGGCAUGCGGGAGGCGGCGCCGGGCCGGGCGGAGCAGCAGCUGUGCGGCGGGCUGAGCGCGCGGGGGCUGGAGCUGGUGCUGGACUUCAUCAGCACGGCCUGCCUGGCGCGGCUGGAGCAGGAGCAGGAGCAGGAGCGGGAGGGAGAGGGGGGCGGCGGCGGGGAGCCCGGCCCGGUGCUGCAGGAGCUGGUGGAGGCCGCCUGCUACCUGCAGGUGACCCCCUUGCUGCGCCUGCUGCGCUCCCAGGUGCGCCUCGGCAACUGCCUGCAGCUGCACGGCUUGGCCCAGCUCUACGGCCUGCAGGACCUGCAGGAGGCCUGCCUGGACUUCAUGGCCGCCCACUACCACCCUGUGCUGUGGCAGGCCCGCCAGAUGCUGCCCCCUGCCCUGCGCCAGCAGCUGGCCCAGAGGCGCAUGGGGGGCUCCGCCACCCUGGUGGCUGUGGGGAACUUGGCGGGGCGGCCCCCGCAGGAGGAAGCACCGGGCUCCAUGCUGCGGUACGAUGAGGUGGCUCAGCGGUGGCUGCCCCUGGCCAACAAGCUGCCUCCGGACCUGGUGAACGUGCGCGGUUAUGGGGCGGCGACGCUGGACAACUACCUGUUCAUUGUCGGGGGCUACCGUGUCACCAGCCAGGACAUCUCGGCCGCCCACUGUUACAACCCAUGCUUGAAUGAGUGGAGUCAGAGGGCAUCCAUGAACCAGAAGAGGUCCAAUUUUAAGCUUUUGGCUGUAAAUGGGAAGCUCUAUGCUGUUGGUGGUCAAUCGCUUUCCAACGUGGAAUGUUACAACCCAGAGUAUGACUGGUGGAAUUUCGUGGCCUCUAUGCCAAACCCUCUGGCAGAAUUCUCAGCUUGUGAGUGCAAAGGCAAGAUCUACAUCAUUGGAGGCUACACUUCACGAGAUAGGAAUAUGAACAUUCUGCAGUACUGUCCCAUCUCGGACUCCUGGACCAACUUUGAACUGUGUGAAGUCCAUGUUCGCAAACAACAGAUGCUCUCUGUUGAGGAAACCAUAUACUUGGUAGGAGGUUGUAUUCAUGAACUGGGACCAAAUCAAAAAUCCAGCCAAAGCGAAGACAUGUUAACGGUGCAGUCUUACAACAUUGCCACCAGAGAAUGGCUCUGCCUCAAGGAGAACACAUCAAAAUCAGGUCUUAACUUGACUUGUACUCUCCAUAAUGAUGGGAUCUACAUAAUGAGCAGAGACAUUAAUUUCUCCACAAGCUUGGAGCACCGGGUUUUUCUUAAGUAUAAUAUAUUUACAGACAGCUGGGAGUCACUUAGACGCUUUCCAGCCUUUGGGCAAAAUAUGUUGAUCUGCUCUGUGUAUUUGCCCAGUGUGAUAGACGUGUAAUUACA